UUCCUUCUGCUUGCUUUAGGUUUUGUUUUUCUUUAUCUCACGUUUGAAGUUGGAAGCUUAUGUUACUGAUUUUAGACCUGUCGUCCUUUCUGUUGAUCUUACACGUAAAACUGCUAGUUAUUUUACUCUGUACAGGAGUAGAAGAAUUGCAAUCUAGGACGUUCAGGUUACUACAAACCAUAGGUAAACUCGGAGAACAAAGCAGAAGAAUGCCCUUUUAUGGAUGAAAGGGGGAUUUGCAAAGGCUGUUCUGCACAAAAGUCCAGUGGAGGUAAAUGGGAGUUUCAGGGUGGUGCCCAUCUCUCAUUGGCUGGGCUGUGAUAGUCUCUCAUUGGCUGGGUUGUGACCUCUCUGGCUUGGCUGUGAUCAUCUCUCAUUGGCUGGGUAUUACCAUCUCUCAUCUCUUAUUAGCUGAGCUGUGACCCUCUCUCAUUGGCUGGAUAUUACAGUGUCUCAUUGGCUGGGCUGUGACACCUCUCAUUGGCUGGCUGUGUUCUCUGUCAUUGGCUGGCUGUGUUCUCUGUCAUUGGCUGGACUGUUGCCAGGUCAGGAGAAAAUCUUCCUUCAUCUUGCAGGGGUGGUAAAGUGAACUUGGUCCUGACUGAAUGCAAGGUAGGGCUCUUCCUGUUGCGUCUGCAAAGGCUGCAAGCAGUGGGGGAGGGGGGCAUGCGUGCUCCCUCGUCGGACCCCCAACUCCACUCUAAGUAAGGUUUCCUUUACUCAUUUUCACAUUCCCCCUUUUAAUCAAGAGCUUUCCCCAAAAGCAGCACCUGUCCCGAGUCAGGUUUUCUGUAUUUAGUGGUUUAGUCCCUCAGUGGCAGGGAGGACCUUUGCUGGUUGUCAUGUCCUUCAUCGGAGGGAAAAUGCAUAGCAGUUGGAAACCACUUCAGGCCACAUUUGAGUAAGGAGGAAGGUUAGGAGGGAGAGACCCUUGGGUGGUUUCCAACUAAAGUUUCUGUCUUCUCAACGUUGUAAGUGUUGGAAAUCACCUUGAAGCAUGAGCUAGAAUCACCUUAUUGGGUACAUUUUUUUUACAAAAGUUUGACAGGUAAUAAAAUGUAAAACCUAAAAAUAAUUAACAAAACAAAAAAAGUAAUAUGACAACAAAUUACAUUUAUAGUCUACAAAGUUUUCCAGCUGAGACUUCAUGAUGCCGCGAGUGAGUGUGACAACUCUGAGGACCGAGCGUGGCGUGUGCACAGUGCAAGUGUGGUAACAUCACACGGCCGAACAGUGUACGCCUAACUAACAAAGCACCUGCGUGGUGAAGUGGGUUUCCCGACCACCAUGAUGUGUGAGAGGGGCCCCGGGUAGGAGUAAUCUUCUUUAACACAAUUUUAGCCACAGAAGAAGCAUUGGCCUGUCUACAAGGGGAAGCUUCGGUCCGGUGGCAAAACAUACAGACCACGACAAGAACAUAUUUCUUUCCCUGAGGUAGGGAAGCCGUAUGAGAUCCAUUUGCCAAACCUCAAAUGGUCCGUCGGACGGUUCAGAGUCUGGGAGAAGUGCGGUCUUCCCUGGAUUAUACCUUGGAUGUGGGACGAGCGAAGUAGGCACUUUCUGUGGCCCUGUUACCUUUUCCGCACCUGUAUCGGUCCAUGAAUGCCAUCACCGUGUCAGGAGACCAGUGGUUGAAAGCACGUACAGUGAGAAAUUCCUGUAACUUGUCACAGGGCGUCAAAAGGUGAUGUGUCAACAUUGAGCAGUCGUGAGGGUCUUGUCAGUGAGGGAGGAGAGAGGAAUAGUGGGGUGAAGGCUGUUGCAAAAAGGAAGAGUCACAUGAGGAGCAGUUAGCAGGAGGAUGGCCAAAGCUUUGAAUGGAUGAACGUUGCCUUCCUGUGAAGAGAUCUGAGAAGAGGGGCAGAAGGGCGAAUCCUCUGCGUAUUGGAACAAAGUAGAGCCUGCAGAACACUUUCUACCGUCCGAAUCGGCUUUUAAGUUUGUGAAAAGAAGAGUUUAGCUGCAUGUGGAAUUCUUGGUUGACUGUCUAUUUCUUUCAACACUUGGAAGAUGGCUACCUCCCUGUUCUCCGUCUUUCUGAAGAGACACAGCUAUGUGUUCUGCAGAAUAUGCAUGGGCAUAUUCUGGGCUACAGCUUCCUCACCUCUGGUUUAUUGACCUCUUUACUUCUACCUGCUUUCUUUCCUCUGGGAGCUUACCAAGACUACCAUGCCUGCGGGAAUCUUGCCUCAAAAUGAAGAGCCAUACUCCACUUUGGUGAAUGACAGUCCAUAUGCUGCCAACAUGAAGGGAAACCCAGGGCGUCCAACGCCAAAGUACACAAAGGUCGGAGAGCGGCUGCGACAUGUGAUUCCUGGACACGUGGCCUGCUCCGUGGCGUGUGGCGGCAGAGCUUGCAAGUACGAAAACCCGGCGCGCUGGAGCGAGCAGGAGCAGGCCAUUAAGGGGGUCUACUCGUCCUGGGUCACUGACAACAUCUUGGCCAUGGCUCGCCCGUCCACUGAGCUCCUCGAGAAGUACCGCAUCAUCGAGCAGUUCCGAAGCCAUGGCAUAAAAACAAUCAUCAACCUGCAGCGCCCUGGGGAGCAUGCCAGCUGCGGGAACCCCCUGGAACAAGAAAGUGGCUUCACGUAUCUUCCUGAAGCUUUCAUGGAGGCCGGCAUCUAUUUCUACAAUUUCGGAUGGAAGGAUUACGGUGUGGCAUCGCUUACCACUGUCUUAGACAUGGUGAAGGUGACGACAUUUGCCUUACAGGAAGGGAAAGUAGCCAUCCAUUGUCAUGCAGGGCUUGGUCGAACAGGCGUUUUAAUAGCAUGUUACUUGGUUUUCGCCACGAGGAUGACUGCUGACCAAGCAAUUAUAUUUGUUCGGGCGAAGCGACCCAAUUCCAUACAAACCCGAGGACAGCUUCUCUGUGUAAGGGAAUUUACCCAGUUUCUCAUCCCUCUCCGCAACAUAUUCUCUUGCUGUGACCCCAAGGCACACGCCGUUACUUUAGCACAGUAUCUGAUUCGCCAGCGGCAUCUGCUUCACGGUUAUGAGGCCCGCCUUCUGAAACACGUACCCAAAAUUAUCCACCUCGUUUGCAAACUGUUGCUGGAUUUAGCUGAGAACAGGCCAGUGGCGACAGAAGAGGUGGCAGAGGGGCCCAGCCUGUGUGCGGAAAUCGAAAAGACUGUUUCUGAGGUGAUCACCAUGCAGCUGGACAAAGAGUUACUGAGGCAGGGCAGUGACGCCUCAGACUCCUUGCCGCCCGCUGCAGUGGCUGUGGAUUUUGAGAACCAGGAUGUGAUUCUUUCCAGCGAACAGCAGAUUGACCCUCUUUGGAAGAGGCGGAAUGUUGAGUGCCUUCAGCCCCUGACGCCUCUGAAAAGGCGAUUCAGCUACAGCGACUCUGACUUAAAGAGGGCUGAGUCACUUCUGGGGCAGGGGGCAGCUCCGUGGACGGGGCCUGCCGCAGCCUUGCUUGGCCAUAACCCCAGGCGGCAGAAGCCCAUAAGCCCCUGUCACACCCCCCAGUCUCCACAGCUUGAUCUGAGUAAGGAAACGCUGGUCCGAAAUACAUUCUCUUUCUGGAAUCAAGCUAAAUUUGGAGGCCUGGAAGGACUCAGAGAUGAGGGGUCACCGGCUUUCCAUGGGGAGACUGCUGCGAAGGAGGUACAGCGGAGUAGAACCUUCUCCUCGGGGGUUUCAGGUCCCUCCAGCCCUGGGGAUCCGGUGAGACCCAGCGUGGCAGAUGUCCCUCAGGAACCGCACUGUUGUCCCCAGCAAGCACCCCGUCUGUGUGGAGCUCCCGCCGCUCACCGCUCUGAGGCUCCCCGCAGCCCCGGGGACUGUGACUUCCCCUGCAAAGUACCCUCCUCGGUCGGACCCACAGCCCAGGAGGGCAAAGACCUGCCUGAGGUCGCUGCGCACCCUGCUUCGCAGGCCGGACUGAGUGCCGAAGCCAGGAGAGUCCUGGCGGCCAAAGCCCUGGCAGAUCUCAGUGAGCUCGCAGAAGAGGAGGGAGUGAAAAGGAAGGUAGAGAUGUGGCAGAAAGAACUGAAUUCCCGAGACGGAGCUUGGGAAAGAAUGUGUGGCGAAAGGGACCCUUCCAUCCUGUGCGGUUUAAUGUGGUCUUGGGUGGAGCAGCUGAAGGAGCCUGUGAUAACCAAGGAGGACGUGGACAUGUUGGCUGGCAGCCACACAGAGGCCGCAGAAGCCUUGUUUUUGUUAGAGAAGGGCCAGCACCAGACCAUUCUCUGCGUGUUGCACUGCAUUGUGAACCUGCAGCCCAUCCCUGCGGAUGUGGAGGAGGCCAUCCUUGCCCGCGCCAUUAAAGCCUUCACCAAGGUUAAUUUUGACUCUGAAAACGGACCAAUGGUUUACGACACCCUAAAGAAAAUAUUUAAGCACACACUGGAGGAGAAAGGGAAAAUGACAAAAGAUGGCCCUCAGCCUGACGUUUAGUGACACUUCCCCACGGCGGACACUCCAGACCCGGAGACCCAGGCGGCGUUCGUGCGUACAGAUGAACAGGAAGGGGGGUGUGGAGCCGUUUCGGGUCCCAGCACUUUAUCUCAGAUGCUCUUGGUUUGUGCAAAGAACACUCAUUUCUGUUGCGAGCGAUUAUUUAUUUUAAAAUACCCUUGAGCUACAUUUUUGUGUUGAAAAAUUGCCAUAAUGUUGGUGCCACUUUCUUGUAUUUAUUUAACUGAAUUCAUAUUGUGUUAAUAUGUUAAGUACGUGGUGUUUACAUCUUUAUUCUUUUUGAUGUUUUGGAAAAAGUUGUAAUUCUUCUUUCCAAAACAGUUAUUUUGUUGAUGGAGCUCUUGCUGGAGUUUUUACCAAGUAGGUAAUUUUAGCAGUAAAACUUCACUGUGGGUCCGUGAGCCUGAUCCAUGACCUGAGGAAGUCACAAAGUGUCUUCAACUAUUUUGUAUUUGUUAAUAAGAAGGCGAUUGAUAACACUUUUAAAGGAUUUUUUCAAUUUGGAAAUUUUUCGUUUUUUCUUUUUAUAAAUGUGUCAAAGGGUUUCAAAGUAUAUUAUUUUUUGGAGUGAUUUAGUUUUGUGUUAAGGGUGGUCGUGAGGUGGUUGGGAUUUUUUUACUGUAGGAAGUAGACUCGGGCCUCCAGAUGGCCUUGCUGAUCUCUCCGCACAUCCAGCCUUAACUCUGUCCAAACAGCGUCUUCCCAGGAACUGGUCAGGCAGACCCUGUGCUGACGGUGUGAGGUGUGAGGGCCGCACGGAUCGGGCGUCAGGCCCAGGCAGGCACUGUGCUGACGGUGUGAGCGCCACACAGCCCGUACCUCCCACCUCCGUCCUUCUGCAGACCCCGCUGCCCUAGGGCCCUGUCAUCUGCCACUUUUCACUAGGAAAAUUAAGAUUCUUAAACUGAAAUGUGAACACGUAGCCUGCAUUCACCAUAUGGGCUUUAGUUAAGAAGUAAGUAAACUAUUUGUUGCCUGACUAGUAACUGCCUAACGGGUUCUUUGUGGACCGAGCUGUCAUUCAGCAGUUGAGGCUGUAACAAAUGUGUGCAGUUAUCAGAGGCCAGGCCGCACAGGGUGAUCGUUUUUCCCAACAGAUGUGAUACUAAUCAAACCAGUUUCACACUAAAGCUGUCACGUAAUUUUAGAGACAGAAACUUGGGGGAAGCGAGACUAACCUUGGAUGAGAUUCUCCAACUCCCGCAUCUCUGAAUCCGGCACUGGCACAUCAGAAACGUUUUAGUCAUUAUGGGUCUUACGGACUCUGGCGGCAGAUGCUGAAUGCCUUUUCCUCCUACACUGUUUGAAUUUUCUUGGGAAACCAGAUCCAGUGAAUUUUAAUGAACUGGGUUGCCUGUUGCUGAGAUUUCUCAUUUUUAAGUGCCUGAUCUGGGAAAGAAGGGGAGAAAAGAUUCCAUUUUAUCCAAAGGUACAUUAUAAAAAUAUGUUUUUUACCCAAAAAGAUGUUUACCCACAUGUCUGUCAGUGUCACAUGGACAAGGGCCAGCAGGGUUCAUUCGACAAGUGGCUAUUGGCCUGUGUCUGUGAUGGUCAGGUUAGAGGACGGAUCCCGCGCAGCCACAAUGUGACCACGGCCGCACGCCAGCCUGAGGAGGCCGGUGGGACAGGUAAACCAGGCUGUCUCCAGGUUUUGUAUUUAUUCGAAUAAAAGUGCAAACAACAAA